AUGUCUUUGAUGGACAUAGUCCGGCGCAGGUUCGCCAGUGAACUUCAGUCACAUCAAAUCGAUGAAGAUUAUACCCUACCCGUAAGACCAGGGGUGCCACUGCGCCCUUCUGAUACCACCGAGUUUGACCCUGAUGAGAUGGUCCCUUCGUACGAAACAUCACAAUUAAUGCAUGAACAACAAACCCAGAGAGCUACCCCGAAUGACCUGGCCCAGAUAUCAAGAACCGACUCAGGAGUUUCUUCCGAGAUACCCGUUUCGCCUCCAACUCCAACCCCCGCCACAUCAAAUGGAAACUCCUCGGCUCACGGGACCAGAGGGAAUGACAGUUACAAGAGAACUUCAAUCAAGCAACUUGGUCUCAAGUUCUUAAAUGCUAGACAACAUUUUGCAUUAGCUAUCUGCCGUGACAUAUCACUUAUUCCUGCUUUGAUAGGCUUAGUACAAUCGUGGAAACAAGUGUUUGUGGACAGUCAUCAAGUCAGCGUUGACUCCCUCGCGUUGGGACAUUCAAGUCAACACUUGACACAGUCAAUAACAAGUGGUCGGGUGCUGGAACAUUUUUUGACGGGAGUUUGGUGCAUUGUCUCUGCCUAUUUAUCUUAUUCUGCGCUCGAUAGCUUGAUUGUCAGGUGGAUUGUGAUCUAUCUGACCCCAGCAGCCAUUGUCAGGGUGUUGUCUAUGUCCACAAUUAUGGUAACCAUCGAAUCAUACUUGGUCUCUGUCUUCACUGCCGAUGGCUACAAAUACGGGCUCCACAUAUGGAUACUCAUAAGUUGUUGUCUUACCCUCACGUAUAUCGGUCAGAAUUUUGUCACUUCAAAUCUAGAUUUGAGAAAAGGUGCCCCCAAAAGAGCUCGUUUCUUUGAUAUUUAUAACAUUGUGGUCUUUGCAGUUGUGCCGGUGGGUUUGGCUAGCUUCAUCACCAUGAUAGGGCUAUUGCGGUCCUUGUUAAUUUUGCGUAUUGAUAUUGAUCAAUGGGAAUAA